UUUAUUUAUUCAAUCUGAUGUAGUCGUAUUUAGCUGAAAGCUUUUUUAAUUAUUUUGUUAUAAAUCCUUUCUUGUCAUCUUAUUAUUUUCAUCAAUUAGAGUUUGUUAAUCAUCAUUAUGGCUUUUGGAUACCUUAAGGACUAUGAGUGGGCUAGUGAGUUCACUAUUGAAAAUGAAAUUGGCCAAUCUUGUCAACCAGAUGAAAUUGCUUUUCUUGAUUGGGAAUCUUUGGAUGCUGGUUCAUCUUCAAAAUCAUCCUCAUCUAAUCGAACCACAAGUGGUGAGCUUUCAUUGAACAACUAUUUAGACCAAAGCAAAUUGACCAUUCAACCUAAUGAUAAAGCCAGAUUAGGGGAAAUAAAAGACGUCGAAACAUUGAAUUUACGCUUAUCUGCUUACCUGGAAAGUGCCAAACUCACUGAGUUCCAUAUUGAAGAAUUGAUGCAAUUGAUCAUAAGUUUGCUCAAUGAUAAAAGCAAACCUCAUUCACACCUGGAAUCUGAAUUAAUGGAUCUUCUUGGAUUUGGUGCAAUUGAUUUGAUUCGAGAGAUCAUUCAAAAUCACCAGUCAAUUAUCAAAUCUCACAAGUCGCUGUAUCAAGAAGCUUACCCAGGAGACCAAGGAGACUCAACUGCUGAAGCUUUAGCUAAACUGAAUUCACUGCAGCCUAAUCAACCCAAGAAGCCUUCAAUAACUCAAUCAGUGGUGGUACAAACAAUUGAAGAGAAAAAUUUGAAAAAAUUGAUUCGUAAAUGUGAGAAGAAAAUGAUGAAAGAAAUUAAAAAUGAAGCCAAUGAUAAUACUUAUGAUACAAAUGAUUUUGGUAAAAUUAAGCAAGAAAAGGAACGUCAAUUACUGGAAUCAAUGUCUGGACCAUUAUUUAAGCGAAUAGGACCAGCUGAAAGAGAAAAAUACCCAUUUGUCUUCGAUAACUACGCUGAGGCUCAACUGUCAGCAGCAUUUAUUUGUGGAGCUAAAAUUGCAUUGCCAGCCGGUUUCAAAAGAAACGAUACAUCAAAAUGGGAAGAAAUUGAGAUUCCUCCUUGCUCCAAAAUUCCACCUGAUUUCUUGCCUGAAUUUGGUUUGAUUGACAUCGAAAAAGAUUUGGACCCGAUUGGACAAAAAGUAUUUGCUGGUUUCAAGAAAUUAAAUAAAGUGCAAUCAAUCGUAUAUAGCACUGCCUGUAAUACUAAUAAUAAUAUGUUGAUUUGUGCUCCAACUGGUGCUGGUAAAACAAAUAUCGCCAUGUUGACUAUUCUAAAUGAAUUGAGACGGCAUUGUGAUCCUGAGACAUUAAUGGUAAACGGAUCUGAAGAGUUUAAAAUAAUAUACAUCGCUCCAAUGAAAGCACUUGCCUCUGAGAUGACGGAUAGUUUUGCCAAAAGAUUGAAAGCUUGCGGAGUAAAGGUUAAGGAAUUGACUGGUGACAUGCAAUUGUCCAAAGCAGAAAUUAUUGAAACUCAUAUGAUCAUUACUACUCCGGAAAAAUGGGAUGUUGUCACUAGGAAACCCAAAGGCGAAGUUGAAUUAAUGAAGUUGGUUAAAUUGUUAGUUAUUGAUGAAGUUCAUCUGUUACAAUCUGAUCGAGGUCCAGUGGUUGAAGCAUUAGUUGCAAGAACGCUGCGUCAUGUGGAAUCAACUCAAUCAAUGAUUAGAAUUGUCGGUUUAUCGGCAACAUUGCCCAAUUAUGUUGAUGUUGCUACAUUCUUACGUGUUAACUUAAGAGAAGGAUUAUUCUUCUUCGAUGACAGAUUUCGCCCAGUUCCAUUAGGGCAGACUUUCAUCGGAAUCAAGUCUACUUUUCCUUCAGCACAAACCCUUGAUUUGAUUGCCUUCCUUGCCAUGGAUAAUCCUAAACAAUGGGUACACAUGAGUGAUGAAGAAAACAAUUAUCUCAUCCAAAACAACAUAAAAGACAGCAAUCUUAAAUUGACCUUAGCUUUUGGUAUUGGUUUACAUCAUGCCGGUCUUCAUGAGAAAGAUCGCUCCUUAGUGGAAGAAUUGUUUCUUAAUCAAAAAAUUCAAGUUCUCAUUACAACAGCAACUCUUGCUUGGGGAGUCAAUUUACCCGCUCAUUUAGUUGUUAUCAAAGGAACCGAGUUUUAUGAUGGAAAAAUUCAUCGUUAUGUAGAUUUCCCUAUUACCGAUGUACUUCAAAUGAUGGGUAGAGCGGGUAGACCUCAAUUUGACAAAGAAGGUAUCGCUGUUAUCCUGGUUCAUGAUAUAAAAAAGGAAUAUUAUAAAAAAUUUCUAUAUGAACCAUUCCCAGUAGAGUCACAUCUUAUCCCAGUCAUUGAAGAUCAUAUUAAUGCUGAAAUUGUUGCUGGAACCUUGGCAACCAAAUCUGACUGUGUUGAAUAUCUUUCAUGGACUUAUCUGUUUCGACGUUUAUUUAAAAAUCCAAGUUAUUACGAGCUAGCUGGCUCUGACUUACAAACAAUCAAUCUUUUCCUUUCGCAAUUAACUGAUCGUGCAAUAAAUGCAUUACAGUCAUCUCAAUGCUUAGAAGUUGAUGAAGAUGACGACAGAACUUUAUAUGCAACUCCACUGGGAAGAAUUUCUUCAUUCUAUUAUCUAAACCACAAGACGGUUCGAAUGUUUCAAGAUCAACUAUCCAAUGAUAUUAAAAUUGAAAGGUUACUUCACAUUUUGGCUUCAGCAGCUGAAUAUAAUGAGCUUCCAGUGCGACAUAAUGAAGAUUUGUUGAAUGAAGAUUUAGCCAAGAAAUGUCGUUUCCCAGUAACUCAUGGAGCAACAUAUGACUGUUCACAUACCAAAGCAUAUCUACUUCUUCAGUCUCACUUUUCGCGCCUUGAACUUCCUUCCACCGAUUAUUAUACAGAUUUGAAAUCCGUUUUGGAUCAAGCAAUCCGUAUUAUCCAAGCUAUGAUCGACAUUUCAUCAAUGAAUGGCUACCUUGUCGCCACUUUAGGUUUAAUUUCAAUUUUGCAAAUGAUUAUUCAAGCUCGUUGGUUUGAUUCUCCACCCUUCUUAACCUUACCUCAUGUUGAUGAAAUUGUUUUGCCUCAAUUCAAGCGAUUUCUUUCCUUACAUUUGCCUGAAUUAAUAUCAAUUGUUGAUAGUAAAGGAUUUGCAUUUUUAACAAGACAUCUGGACAAUAUGUUAGAUGUAAAGCAAAUUAGAGAUAUUUAUCAAACAAUCAAUGGAUUACCAUUGAUAAACUUAAAGGUAACCAUUAAGAGAGCUGACGAUGAAAGUCGUGCCGUUGAUGUUGACCUCGAUUUACCUGAUACCUCAAUUAAAGCACGUCAUUAUAUUGAAUUGGAAGCUGAUACUGAUUAUUUGAUAAAUUUCAUGGUUUCACGACCUCCAAGACCUGAAGCUAAACCUAGGAAACAUGUUUUUGCGCCGAAAUAUGCCAAAGCUAAAGAUGAAAACUGGAUAUUUAUUAUUGGUGAUUCUAAUACUCGAGAGUUGAUUGCUCUUAAGCGUUCUGGUUUCAUUGGAAAUAAACCAAUGACUAUAAGUUUGAUUAUACGUACACCCACACAAUACGGUCGAUUCAUUUAUUCACUCUAUCUACUGAGCGAUGCUCUUAUUGGAUUGGACCAACAAUAUGAUUUAGGAAUAGAUAUUGUUUCUAAAUCGGGACCAUGAGUCGUUCUGUCAUCUUUUGUUAUUUCAAAAUUCCUGUCAUCAAACCCGGUUGUUUAAAAAUUUGAAAAUUUGCUAAAUAAGAUUCAAGAUCUGAAUUAGCACAAAAAAAUUGUAAAGGUGAUCAAAUUUUUCCGUUUUGUAAAGAAAAAUGUGAUAUUCUGAUAGAUGAAAAUAUUUAUAAAUUAUUGAUAUAAAUUAAAUGCGUUGCUGAAAUCAAGAA